ACGAAAUAAAUCUAAAUUUGGCGCGCGCUUCUCAAUCCAAAUUUGAAAAACGAGAGGAUUUUCUCUUCUGAGCAUUCUCCUCAAUUUUCAACUUUCAACUUCGAUUCUCGCUCUCACUUUCUCUGCGUUUUAACUUUUAAGGAUAAAAUGGAAAGUGCAACGAAUGAAGCUUCCAGAAAACGCAUGAAACCAGACGUGGGAGAGAAACAAGAAGAUCACAUAAGCAAUGGAACUAUUAUGGAGGAAAUAACAGAGAAAGAACAAUCUGAGGCAAUCAUCGUUGGAUCUGAAGAAAUGGAAUUCAAUAUCUCUCACAUUCUUGAAAAGAUUAAGCGCUUCACUCAACUGGUCUCGGAGCUGUUAGAAUCAGGAAAAUCAAUGUUCAAGGAAUUGAGUAACGAUUUUGAAGAGCGGCUGAUCAUGAUACAUAAAGAACAAAUGGAGAAAUGGCAGGAAGAGAUCAAGGAACUGAGACUGAUGGAUGCAUCAAAUGAGGAGGCAACUGCUCUGUUGAGUAAUGCUCGUUUUUUACUUCAGAAUCCCUUUUCUGAAUCUUGAAAGGUAAAAUCUCCUAAGGUAAUCCAAUUCCAAUUAGCAUUUUCUUUCUUUUUUUCAUGGAAAUCAAGUGAAGUGAGAUUUGUUAAUGCAAGUAAUUAGUUUUAAUCAAUUUGAAUAGUAGAUUAGUUUCAAACAUUUUGAAUCCUUGAUUCCUUACCUGUUUGGCUAAUGGAAUUAUAAUAUGCCAAAA